GGUCAGGCCAAGACGCCGGCCAUGGGCUGGCGCAGCUGGAACUGUUACCAUGCCGACAUUGAUCAAGGCAAGAUGGAGAGCGUCAUGGCUGCCAUGGUUAACCGAAGUCGGCUGGUGGUCGGGCAGCCCACCAGUCUGCACGAUCUAGGCUAUCAAGAUGUGGGCCUGGACGACAACUGGCAAGCCUGUGGCGCCGGCCAUCAAGGUAGCUUUUUUUCAGAAGACGGCACACCACUCAUCAAUACCGAUCGCUUUCCCAACAUGACGGCCAUGGUGGAGCACGGUCAUGCACUUGGACUCAAGGUGGGUUGGUACAUGAACAACUGCAUCUGCUCCGUGACCAACAUUACGGACACGGACUUUGUGGAUCGCAUUUACAAGGGCUUUGUCAACGCGCUGACGCGCUACGGCUACGAU